UAAAUACACUUACUGACGUGUCUUAGGAAGUGCAAAGUCGACUUUAAAAUCGUGUCAAGCAUUGAUUGAUUAGUAUAAAUAAUAAUUAUGAAUUUAUUCAUUUUUUAUGUUAUUACCGGGGUAAUGAUUACUAUCAAUGGUAAAAGAAUUGAAUAUAAUCAGACAUUAAUAGUAAAAGAGCGUAAUUGUACAUUAUCGAAAUUUUCACGAGAUUCAUUUUGGAAAAAUUGCGAAGCUGUAUAUUAUCUUGAUUGUGUAGUAACAGGUCAAGAAAUAAGAUUUAGUGUAUACAAAUCUGAUGGUGAUAAAAGAGGAACAGAAUUUUAUGAGCCUGCUGUAUAUGAAUCGAUUAAUUUAACUAGACAUCAAAGAGUUAAAGAAUUUUGCGCUUAUGUAGAAAGUUUCAAAAAAGUACGACAACAACAGACUCUUCAAAUCCAAAGUAGCUGUGAACAAGUUGACGUAUACAAUUAAAUUUUAAAAUAUAUAUAUUUUUUUUUUAAUUUCAAGUAUAUUACACAUUUUUUAAUAUAUGGAAAGUUGAACAAAAAAAAAAAAUAGGUCAUAAAGAUUAUGACAAUUAUUUUCUUUCUAAUUUAUUUUUAUUUGCUUAGUACUUUAUAAGUUUGUAUAUUAAAAAUAAUAAAAAUAUAAUAUCUAUAUAUAGUAUUUAAAUUUUUUAAAAUUAAAAUAAAUGUAGAUUUACCAUGUUUCUAUUGCAAACAGAAUACAAAUUCAAAUUUAAAAAAAAAAAAAAAACCUGUCGCUCAAAUUGGCAUAAAAAAAUAAAGUUUGAUACUCAAUUCGUAGCAAAAUUAAAAACAAA